AUGGGCAACCCUAAAGACGCUGCACCACUUGGUUCUAGCACUCUCUCUGUCGUCGACAACCGCACCGGCAAGAAAUAUAGCAUUCCUAUUGUCGACAACUCCGUCAAGGCUGUCGAUUUCAAGGCAAUAAAGGCGGACAAGGUUCCUGGAGAACGGGAAGAGAAUGAAACUCACAAAGGCCUGCGCGUCGCUGACCAAGGCUUCCUAAACACCGCUGUACUGCGCAGUCAAAUAACCUACAUCGACGGUGAUGCUGGAGUUUUGCGCUAUAGGGGGUAUCCCAUCGAGCAGCUCGCGUUGCACUCGUCACAUCUCGAGACUGCAUACCUGCUCAUCUACGGCUCCCUUCCCACCAAAUCCCAAUAUGAAGUCUGGAGCAAUGAAAUCGCCCAGCACUCCAUUGUCCAUGCCGAUGCGGAGCAGUUCUUCAGGAGCUUCCGUUAUGACGCGCAUCCAAUGGCAAUUCUCACUAGCGCGUUUGCUUACUUGGGAUCUUAUUAUCAAGAAGCAAAUCCUUCUCUGCAAGGCCAAAAUCUGUACACUAAGGGCGAUCCUGCAUCGCUAGCAGUCAUGGAUAAGCAAAUAUAUCGACUGAUCGGCAAAGCGACAACCCUGGCAGCAAUGGCAUACCGUGUCAGACAAGGCAGAGAAUUUGUGACCCCGCCCACAGGCAUGAGCUACACUGGAUCUUUCUUGUAUCAAAUGGACUACCUCGGGCAGGAGAACUAUAAGCCGAAUCCCGUUCUCGAGAAGGCGCUUGAUGUGCUCUUCUUGUUGCAUGCAGACCACGAAAUGAAUGCUAGCGCAUCAUCGGUAUUGCAAGUUGGGAGUUCGCUUGUUGAUCCAUUCUCUGCCGUUGCUGCGGGUUGCGCGUCGUUAUAUGGACCUCUGCAUGGCGGUGCGAACGAGGCCGUUAUUCGCAUGCUCAUAAGCAUCGGAAAGCCCGAGAACGUCCCAGCCUUUAUCGAGGCAGUCAAAAAACGCGAAAAAGUAUUGUCUGGAUUUGGACAUCGUGUUUACAAGACGUCAGAUCCUCGCUCGUUUUUAGUGCGCAAAACGGCCGACGAAGUGUUCCGGAUCGCUGGAAAGGAUCAAUUGCUGGAGACUGCGAUGGCGUUGCACGAUGCUGCCAUGAAAGACGACUAUUUCGUGUCGAGGAAAUUAGCACCAAAUGUAGACUUCUGGUUCGUGUUUGUUAUGUUGCAUUCGCAUUUUUCCCUCAUGUUUAUCCAGGAGCGGUCUAAUUUAUCGUGCGAUGGGUUUCCCGAACGAUUACUUCCCGGUGCUCUUCGUCGUACCGCGGGUUGUUGGAUGGUUGGCACACUGGCGGCAGGCGUGCAGAUGAUGUUGCAGUCGGGAGGUGUCAAGAUCUGGAGACCGCGACAGAUUUAUGUCGGUUCUGGGAGGCGGGAUUACGUCCGCAUCGAUGACCGAGAGGCUGUCGAAGGCCCAAGAAUGACCCCCUCUGCGGUCGAGCAUUCAGGGAUUUCCAAGCGGACCCGCCUCGCGGCUUACAAGGGCAAGCUGUAG